GCUGUCACAGCUGUACCAGAUUGCCUAGCUAAGCCACAAGACGAAAGUUUGCUUUUCAAGACCCAGAAGAACAAGCUAUACGUCUGUAGUACGUUCAGUCUGUGUAUCACCAGCUGAGCUGGCAUCUCAUUGUAAGCACUAUGAUGUCUACGAAGCUUCUCAAAGAGAUAAUUGAUAUUUGCUAACCUUGACUGAAGACGGGUAUCUUUGAUGUCUGCAUCGUGCCAUGCAUGUGUCGUUUGAUGUGUGUUCACGGUUCUGAUAUGAGAGAAGUGGUGUAGAGUCACUAGUGAAUUUGAACUAGAACUACACAUAAUUACAUAAAGAAGAUCAGUUUCUAAUACGAACGUAUAUAAUGCGACGCUUUCUGAAGCACUAGACAGAUACUCAUCAAUCAGUUCUCGUGACUGCAGAGCCAAAAGAAGAUGCGAUAUUGUUUGUUUUUGCUCUUUCUCUCGUUUACACCUUUCUCGGUCUCGUCUCGACCUGUGAAGAGAUCAUUGGUUGACCAGCUCGAGUUUUGCCGAGAUGAUUACGUGGUCGCCAGUGAAAGUCCGUCUAGAAAGAUGAUCUUGAGUUGCCAACGAGAGAAUGGUUCAAAAGCAUUGCAUUUGAAGGGAGUAGAUGGUAAAGAUAAGAAAGUAACACGAGCGGAGCUGCUGCGGUUUCAGCUUCAUGAUUCUGGAAGCGAAUUUCCGCAGUGGAUCAUUAGAACAUGGAACGGUGGUCAUGUAGCUGUCGACAACGAAGGAAAUCUUGUAGUUGAGAAUGAAUGCCUAGCCACUACAUUUUUACGGUACGUUGAGAAAGAUGACCUUCUUGAUUGCUUCAACGGAGAGAAUUGCAUGAUGAUGCUGUGCGCCACACAAAUCUCUACCAAAGAAAACUUUUUGGUUUCUCUAAACAACAAAUCAAAGCCUUUACCACCAGGUUCUUGCUCAACUUACAAUGCACUCAAACAGGCGUUGAAUGACAUCAAAAGUCAGGAAAAUUUACGAGAUCUUGAUCACUACAGAUUCAACUUUGUUCCUCUUCUGAAAGUGUCAGAAGUACUAAGUAAAGGUUUAAAAUUUCUGUGUCCCAGCCAUUUCGACUUAAACAGUGUUACUAGCUCAAAAUCUAGACGCAAAGUGGAUUGUCCAGCUUCAAGGAAAACGUUGUGAAUACUAACAGAAGUGUAUAUGCAUAGUCUAGACAAAACUCAUUAAUUAAUGGUAUCUAUAUAUCUAUGACUACCAGUUAAUUGCAAGUUUAGCAUUAUUACUCAUUUGCUUUAGUAUACAUGUAUUGCUAUUGCACAUAUAUUAGUUAACAAAGUUGUGUCUAAUAAAU